AUGGAAGAGAAUAGACUGGCAGGAAGUAUACCUCCAAGCCUAGGAAACUGUCAUAACUUGUUGGUUAUAAACUUUACAAGUAAUAACCUUAGUGGCACCAUCCCUAUAGAGGUUUUCAGUCUCUCUUCUCUUUCGAUUUCUUUUGCCAUGGCUCGUAAUUACCUGACUGGUUCAUUGCCACCGGAAGUGGGCAACUUGGUAAAUCUAAAGGAAUUGUAUAUGUCAGAUAACAGAUUGUCAGGUGAAGUUCCUGGUACCCUAAGCAGAUGUCUUAGCUUGGAGCUUCUGUUAGUGGGGGACAAUCUGCUUCAAGGAACAAUUCCUGAAUCUUUGGAAGUUUUGAAAGAAGGGAUCUUUGCAAAUUUAAGUGCAUUUUCAGUUCUUGGGAAUGAUAAGUUAUGUGGAGGCCUCCCAGGUUUGAAUUUGCCUGGAUGCUCUCAAGAUAAAUCCCAUUCAUCAGGAAAACUUCUUUCCCCAAGAGUAGUAAUCCUAAUAAUUGUAUCCAUCGUAGUUGGAGUUAUACUGUCAUGUGCUUUCACUGCUCGGUAUUUUAUAAGGAACUCCAAAAAGAGGCCUUUAACUGCAUCUUCCACUAAUAAUUGGCGAUUGGGCGUUUCCUACCAAGAACUCUUAAAAUCAACUGAUGGGUUCUCUGCAAACAACUUAAUCGGUUCAGGUAGUUUUGGAUCAGUAUACAAAGCAACUGUCAAUGGUAAUGGUGCAACAGUGGCAGUGAAAGUACUAAACCUUCAGCAGCAAGGGGCCCUCAAGGAUUUCCUAAAUGAAUGCACGGCCUUAAGAAGUAUAAGACACCGUAAUCUCCUCAAGGUCAUAACUGUCUGUUCAAGUGUUGAUUAUCAAGGUAAUGACUUCAAGUGCAUAGUUUCUGAGUUCAUGGCCAAUGGAAACCUAGACCAAUGGCUACAUCCGGGAGGUGAUGAGCAAAGUCAAGCUCGAAGAUUGAGCCUUCUCCAGAGACUAAACAUAGCUGUUGAUGUUGUUUCUGCAUUGGAUUAUCUUCAUCACCAGUGUGAAACUCCAAUUGUUCACUGCGAUCUAAAGCCAACCAACAUACUCCUAGAUGAUGACAUGACAGCCCAUGUUGGUGACUUUGGAUUGGCAAAACUCCUCCUUGAAGAACCAAAUGAUGAACCUAUAAGUCAGAGCAUAUCGGCAAGGCUCAAAGGUUCUUUUGGUUACGUUCCUCCAGAGUAUGGUAUUGGUGGGCAGGUCUCUACACUUGGAGAUGUAUACAGCAAUGGGAUACUCCCGCUCCAAAUGAUAACUGGUAAAAGGCCAACAGAUGACAUUUUCAAAGAUGGUCUGAGCAUUCACAACUUUGCUAAAAUGGCUUUGCCUGAAAAUAUCAUGGAGAUAGACUCAUCGCUGCUCUUGGCAGGAAAAGGAGGCAACUUAGAUGAAAACGGAAACGAGGAGAGAGAAAUCGUAAGAACUGGUGGUGAAGAUUCGCAACGCAGUGGUGUCAGUAGAAUGGAGGAGUGCUUGGUUUCUGUGAUAGAAAUUGGACUUUGGUGUUCUGCUGACUUACCUGGUGGUAGGAUGCCAAUGAGUAUUGCUGUGAACAGAAUGCACAAAAUUAGAAAUUCAAUUUUUUGA